GCUGGAGAGGUGAGUCAGGGCCACCAGAAAGCAGGAGGGUGAGCUCAUGGCAAAGCUGCCCCAGUCAUGUGGAGCAGCCACAGCUGUUGGUGCCCUUGGGCUGUGGGACUGCGGGGCCAGCAGCAUAAAGCCCCACAGCCGGCGAAGCCACCGGCAGCACCAGGAACCAGGACUAGGAACCCCUGCCCGUGGUAACAAGAAGAAGACACAUCCUGCACAGGACUGUGCACUGUGGGCAGACAUGGAACUGGAUGUGGAACGGGCCAAGGAGCUCAUCGAGCAGAAGCUGGCAGAGGAGGAGAAGGAGGAGAAACUCAAAGGGGAUGGUGCACGGGAGCCACCGGCUGUGGAGCGGAUGAACACACCUGAGCUGGAGGAGGAGAAACACUGUGGUCCCAGGAACUGGGGCCUUGAGGCCAUCAAGGGCCAGGAGAAGGUGCGGAGGAGUUCAGUGGACCUAAGGCGGGAGAUCAUUGACGUGGGGAGCAUCCAACGACUCAUUGAGCUCCGCAAGCAGCGCCGGCAGCGCCAGGCAGAGCGGGCGGCCACCCCCGAGCCCACUCCACCACCUGAGGCCCUGGAGAUUGAUGGUCCUGUGGAGCCAGAGACCUUCCUGCGAGCUGCUGUCCAGGGCAAGAUGCACGUCAUCGAGAAGUUUCUGGGUGAUGGUGGCUCCCCUGACACAUGUGAUGAGUUCCACCGCACGGCCCUGCACCGCUCCUCGCUGGAGGGACACAUGGAAAUCCUGCAGAAGCUGCUGGACAGUGGGGCCACUGUUGACUUCAGGGACCGGCUGGAUUGCACUGCCGUGCACUGGGCCUGCCGGGGUGGGCACCUGGAUGCUGUUAAACUGCUGCAGGACCGUGGGGCAGACCUCAAUGUGAAGGACAAGCUGCUCAGCACACCCCUUCAUGUGGCCACCCGAACUGGACACCCUGACAUUGUGGAACAUCUCAUCCACUGCGGGGUGGAUAUCAAUGCCCCAGACAGGGAAGGCGACACAGCGCUGCAUGAUGCCACACGGCUCAGUCGCUACAAGAUCAUCAAAACGCUGAUCCUGCACGGGGCUGACAUGAUGGCCAAGAAUGAGGCUGGCAAGACCCCAACAGACCUGGUGCAGCAGUGGCAGGUGGACACACGCCAGGCGCUGGAGACCAAGGAGCAGCCACAGGGGGAGAUGGAGGUCCCUGCAUGAUGGCACCAGGCAGGGCCAGAGGCUGGGCUCAGCUCCAAGGAGCAGGAUCCAGACAAGACUUGUCUGUGUCAAUAAAAGUCGGCAAAGAGCAGCA